CCCGGGAGAACACGCGUCGCGCGUUCCAAAUUUAAAUUACGUUUAUUAUGUGCCAGUGCUAGUGUUCGAUUUGAAAAUAAAAAAGAUUUGACAGUUUAGUUAAUAAUCUGUGGUUUAGUGUUGUGACAAUGGAUUCCGAAAUUCAGACCCAAACUCAAAAAAAGACUCCGAAACCUUUUACAAUCGAAUCGUUGAUAGGGAGUGAUAGAAAAUCGCCUGAGAUUGACAUUGAAAAUAAUGAGCAGCAGAACUCUGAGGAUGAGGACAGUGAACGAUUGGAAGAACUAAACCGAAUGCGAUAUUAUUUUAAUGCGCCGUUUCUGCAGCAGAAUGGGGUGAGCUUCCCGUUUUUGCUGGGGUACCCUGAGCCUUGGAUAUCGAGGAUGCUGAAUGCUCCAGGGCCUCCGGUGGAAAGCAAAGAGGAUCAGAAAAGGGAGAGUCCUGUCAGUGUGGGCAGUGAGAUAGACAGCGACGGGGGUGAAGAUAAUACGCAAGGAAACGACUCGGAGCCCGAUCCCGAAGACUCCAGCGACACUCCUCGCGAAGGAAGCAAAGCACGAAGACGCCGCACCGCCUUCACUUCAGAACAGCUGCUGGAGUUGGAGAGAGAGUUUCAUGCGAAGAAGUACCUUAGUCUGACGGAGCGGUCGCAGAUAGCUGCAGCGCUUAAGCUUAGUGAAGUCCAGGUAAAAAUCUGGUUCCAGAACCGGCGAGCGAAGUGGAAACGGGUAAAAGCGGGCCUCGCCUCCGGCAGCCAUUCCGGCAGCAAGAACGGUUCCGGCACCAAGAUCGUGGUACCAAUACCGGUUCACGUCAACCGGUUCGCAGUGCGCACACAACAUCACCAGAUGGAGAAGCAAAAUUUGCAAUACCGAUUGGACAGAACGCAACCUCUAGCAGGCAGUCUGCUCCAAUCCCAAACAUCAGCAUUUUUGAACACGUCAAAAAUCCAACCGGAUAAUGGAGAACCGAUUCUAAAUCCGCUAAGUCGCAGCACUAUUUACGACGCGAGCAUGUCCGCCAGGUUGGCAUCAAUGAGUCAAGCUGCCAACCUGAGGCACUUCAAUCAAAAUGGCCGGCCGAGCUAGAUUUUGUUUUUCGAUUUUU